AUGGAGGUUGACCAACUCAGAAACUACCUCCCUGCUGUCAUCGACGAGAUUGCCAAAGCCAGCCACAAUGGGCCAAUACAUGUCGACAACGCUCUGGGUGGCCUCAAGAUGGCCAAAGACAUCUUCACCGAGAAGAUAAGUGACAACGGCUCCCUUCAAACGGUGGUCGUGGGCUUGUACAAAGGAUACAAACAACACGUACGAAACAACCCCUCUUCGGGCGAGAAGGUGUCGUGGAAGCGGACGUUCGGCGUGAAGCGCUGCCAGGAGCUAGGGCAGAAGAGACUGCCGGACGCUGUGGACUUCUUCCUGCGAAAGGCGGCCACCAGCCGUGAGCUGUGCGCCGCGAUGAAGUCGUUCCUCGACGGCUACUUCUGUUUGCCCGGGACGGCCGCCUGCAACACCGCCACACGCGCGCGCCUGGAGGCGUGCUUCGCGCACAUCCUGGCGGCCUUUGAGGCGAGUCUGCCAACGCGAGCCUGGGCAUUGAGAGUUGGAGGCCGAUUGAUGAAGCGGGAUGCGUAUUCGAAAGUCCCCAACGGCGAAGCAGAGGGACUCUUCUUCGACAGCGACAUCCCUUUCAUUGAUGCCUUCUGGCUCGAGAACCCUGAAGCCCUCUUCUAG